CUGACACCAAGAACAAGUUUAAAGGGAGACUACUCUAAUGCAAAUUUGACAUAAACAUGGCGACCGAUGAAUCCUUGUUUCCCACCAGAGGGCGUGUUUUAGUGAUGUUUUUACUGAUAGUGUUUUUGGGUGUGACGGCAUGCCUCUGCUUUAUGUACCUCCAACUUCUAGAGAUUAAACAGGAACUUAAUGAGCUCAGGAUUUUAAGAGAUCUGCAAGACAAGUCUACCCAAACGAAUGGACAUAAAAUUAAGAGAGACCAUACUGACUACAGAACUCAGACAGAUAAAACAGAGAAGUUCCGAGUAAAUGUUGACAACCCGGAGAAGCGACAGACAUCAACUACUUUCAUGCAAGAACUUCUCAUGGCUCAGGCACAUAUUCUGGAGACCCAUUGCUCAAACGACAGUCGCCUUUGUAUGAGAGGACCGAAGGGAGAAAAAGGAGACCCAGGUGUAUCCAACCCUAUUAAUGGUGCACCCACACCACCGGCCGAUCCAGGAAACCCCACCCCACCUAAAGUCGUACCUACAACGCCCCCAACCCCAUGCGUAUGUCUAGAGGAGCCAAAGAUAGCCCAACUCCAAAACACAGUUGCUACCUCAGGUGAAAAUCUUAACAUUAUUUGUCUCGUGACCGGAAAUCCUACACCAUACGUCACGUGGCAACACAAUGGCGUGACUAUUUCAAAGGGUCCUAUACUGCACCUCACGAAUGUAACCCAGGGUUUGUCUGGAGACUACUCUUGCGUGGCGAGAAACUUGAUAGGAGAGCAAACGAAGACGAUUGCUUUGAAGGUGUUACCAAACAUAAUAAAUUAAAUGAUUGAAA